GUUUCUUUGGGGAACUUUUUUUGCGCCGACUAGGAUCUAAAAGCAAGCUCGUUCACGAUUUUCGGUCUUAGAGAAUCGCACAGGAGCAGGACGUCAAGAUGGUGCGAAAGGCUGUAGAUUCGCGCAUUCCUACUCUAAUUCGAAAUGGCCUCGCCGAGCACAAGCGUAGCUUCUUCAUCGUGGUCGGUGACCGAUCGAAGGAUGUCAUCGUCCAGCUGCACUACAUAAUGUCCCAGACAGAUUUGCGCCAGAACAAAUCUGUACUAUGGGCCUACAAAAACAAGCUUCUCGGCUUCACCAGUCACCGAAAAAAGCGAGAGGCUAAGAUCAAGAAAGAGAUCAAGCGCGGUAUUCGAGAAGCCAAUUCGGAAGAUCCUUUCGAACUCUUCGUCUCGCUACACGAUGUUAGAUAUGUAUACUACAAGGAGACCGACAAAAUCCUUGGUAGGACGUUUGGCAUGUGUAUCCUACAAGAUUUCGAGGCUCUUACUCCCAAUACGCUAGCUCGUACUAUCGAAACAGUCGAAGGAGGCGGCUUAGUUGUACUUUUAUUAAAAGGAAUGGAUAGUUUAAGACAGCUUUACACCCUCUCGAUGGAUGUGCACGCGCGCUACAGAACCGAAGCCCACCACGAUGUUGUCGCAAGAUUCAACGAACGAUUUCUGCUAUCUCUAGGCCGGUGCGAGUCUUGCCUUGUUAUUGAUGAUGAGCUAAAUGUUCUCCCUAUAUCUGGUGGUAGAGGGGUGAAGCCACUGCCGCCAAAGGAGGAGAAAAAGUCUCCGGAACAAAUAGAGCUGGAGAAAAUCAAGGAGUCGCUUCGGGAUACGCAGCCGAUAGGGUCUUUGGUCCAACUUGCUCGGACAAAGGAUCAAGCAGAUGCUCUGGUUACAUUCGUUGAUGCCAUAGCUGCCAAGACACUUCGCAAUACUGUCUCAUUAACUGCGGCCCGUGGUCGUGGUAAAUCAGCAGCUUUGGGUGUUGCUAUUGCUGCUGCUGUAUCUUAUGGCUAUAGUAACAUAUUCGUUACAUCACCUUCUCCAGAAAACUUAGGCACGCUAUUCGAAUUCGUAUUCAAAGCAUUCGAUGCCUUAAACUAUCAAGACCACACGGACUAUUCCAUUAUUCAGUCUACGAAUCCUGACUUCAAGAAGGCAAUUGUUAGGGUCAACAUUUUCCGGAAUCACCGACAGACUAUACAAUACAUACGACCGCAAGAUGCCCACGUCCUAGGACAAGCAGAGCUGGUUAUCAUUGACGAAGCAGCCGCCAUUCCACUACCGCUGGUGCGAAAGCUCUUGGGACCUUACACAGUAUUCAUGGCCUCUACAAUAAGCGGCUACGAAGGUACUGGGCGAUCUCUAUCACUCAAACUAAUAAAACAGCUAAAGGAACAGGCCGCAACUAGUGUGGCGCAGGACGGUGAAACACGAAGUCCAAGAUCUCUAAAAGAAGUCACUCUUGCUGAGCCAAUACGUUACGGAAAAGGCGAUGCAGUCGAGAAGUGGUUGAACGCACUUCUCUGCUUAGAUGUGACCCCUUCAAAACCAAAGAACAGCGUAUUCCCAGAUCCUUCUCAAUGUCAGCUGUUACAUGUCAACCGGGAUACCCUUUUCUCCUUCCACCCAGUCCCAGAGAGAUUUCUUCGACAGAUGGUGGCCCUCUUCGUCACCAGUCACUACAAAAAUUCUCCCGAUGACCUUCAGCUUCUUAGCGACGCUCCAGCGCACGAGCUCUUCGUUUUAACCUCGUCGACAAUUCAAGAAAAUGGUCUGCCCGAGCCUCUAUGCGUUGUUCAAAUAGCGCUAGAAGGAAAUAUUAGCAAGAAGAGUGUGAUGGCUGGUUUAGACCGAGGUCAGAGGCCUGCUGGAGACUUGAUUCCUUGGCUAGUCAGUCAGCAAUUCCAAGAUGAUUUUGCUUCUCUCUCCGGUGCUCGCGUAGUUCGAAUAGCAACCCAUCCGGAUUGUGUUUCGAUGGGAUACGGGUCGAAAGCGCUCGAGCUUCUUAUCGACUACUACGAAGGCAAAUUCAUAAACUUAGGGGAAGAUAACGACGCCUUAGCCAGGAACACCGAUAGCAUGGAUAUAGAUGCCACAGAAGGCGAAAACGGUGGUCUUCUUCAUGAAGAUAUCAAGGUUCGAGAUAUCGAUAAGAUGCAACCCUUAUUCUCAAGACUAGCGGAACGCAAGGCAGAGAGUCUCGAAUAUGUUGGUGUGAGCUAUGGGUUAACUCAAGCGCUCCAUAAGUUCUGGUCGCGCGCCCUAUUCAUACCAGUGUACUUGAGACAAACGGCUAAUGAUUUAACCGGCGAGCACACCUGCGUCAUGCUUAGGCCACUAAAAGAUGACCGAGAAUGGCUUGGAGCUUUCGCUGCCGACUUCCAUCGUCGUUUCCUUGCUCUACUCUCGUACAGAUUCCGCGAUUUCCCGUGUGUUCUUGCAUUAAGUAUAGAUCAAUCUGCCACAGCCGGUGCUCAGUUGGAUCCGUCAAAUCAGCUGCCCGAGUUAACAAAACCAGAAUUAGACAGGGCCCUAACACCAUUCGACUGCAAGAGAUUGGAAUCUUAUGCCAGGGGUGUGUUAGAUCAUCAUGCCAUUCUAGAUCUUGUGCCCAAACUAGCAGAUCUCUACUUCAUGGGCCCUCUAAAGCCAAGCAUUAAGCUCACGGGCGUACAGCGGGCCCUUUUGCUUGGAAUUGGCUUACAGCGCAAGGACGUGGGGGCUAUCUGUGCAGAGUUAUCCUUGGAGUCAUCACAGGGCUUGGCCAUGUUUAUGAAGAUCAUACGAAAAAUCACAGCACACUUCUCGACGUUGAUCUCUUCCGCCGUCGAAGCUGAUAUGCCAAAAUCAGAUGCAAUUGGUGUUAGUAGGGAGAAUGCGUCUGGAGUACACGAAGACGAAGUAGUAGACGACAAAUAUGCACCCCUUGAGACGAGCUUAGAUGAUGAGUUAGAUGAGGCUGGAGAUGAAGCAUUGCAAGAAUUGCGGGCGAAGCAGAGGGAGCUCAUUGACUCUCUCCCUCUUGACCAGUAUGAGAUUGAGGGUGAUGCGCCCGGCUGGGAGGAAGCAGAGAAGCAAGUAUUGAAGGCCACCCAGAAGGGCCAAUCUAAUCCAGUUGUCAGCGUGAAAGCAAAGCAGUCCAAAAGGAAAGCCGUUGUGACGGCGGCAGAAGUAUACGAGGAAGCAUUUGGUGACAAGAAGCACAAGAAAGCCAAGAAGUCUAAGAAAGGUGCAACAGAUUGAGGAGUUGUCGAUGAUUACUGGCGCAAGGCACUUUGACGUUCGCGAGCUUGGGGUAACAAGUUCGUAUGUAUAUACCUUAUAUCAGCACCUAGAAGUGAUACCAAAUCUAUAUUCGAGGCAAUAGAGCUGCUCAUGGUCACCGCAUCGAAGAUGGUUAACCACUCGCCAUGCCAACGAUCCAAAUAACGCAAUUUGCGAUUGUGUUACUAUUGAUAAACAGACGGCCACUUCUAAACG